UGCUCCAGUGUCAGUCCAGGCUUCGCUCUCUGCUGCAGCCACUGCUCUGCCCUCACAUCAUGGAGACUCAGCGCUAUCCCAUCACUGUGCAUUUAACUGGAGUCCUGCACAAGGAGAAGUGCAAAAUGUACAUGACCUCCGUGCUCUGGUCGGAUCAGAAUGACAUCGUUGUUUACAGAACUUUUCAAGAGUUUGAGAAAUUGCAUAAACAAAUGAAGAAAGCAUUUCCAGCAGCAAGUAAACUGAACAAAUCUGAUAGAAUCAUCCCCAAAUUUCAAGGCAGGAAGGCAAAGCAGGGCGGCCGCAAGAAGGGGCCCACAAAAUCGCUCGUACGCCUCAAGCUCUUGCAGAAUUAUUGCAAUGAGCUUCUGAGCUGUGGCCUGCCGGUCCUUCAGUCUGCAGAUCUCAUUCAGUUCUUCCACCCAAAAGACCAGGACCUGCAACCAGAGUUCUCCAGGAAGGGCGUCAUAAUCAUGCCAUCAGCUGACGACUUGAAGGACACACAACACAGCGUGACUGGCAACGUCACCCAACCAUUUGUCACAGAGACGUACAGGUGCGUGGCUCCGUACGAGACCAAAGACACCAAGAACAAACCGUUCAAAGUGGCGCUGGAUGAAAAAGUGGACGUGCUCAUCAAGGACAAAGGAGGGUGGUGGCUUGUGGAGAAUGAAGACAAACGAAUGUCCUGGUUCCCUGCCCCCUAUCUGGAGAAGCUAGAAGACGAUUAUGAUGAAGAUGACACAGAUGGGACUCCUGAAACAGGUUCAAUGCAUACUGCAAUCAAGAACUACAAAGCCACCAAAGGUGACGAGAUAAGUGUGAACAUGGGUGCCAUGGUGGAGGUCCUGCAGAAGUCUGACAAUGGCUGGUGGCUCAUCAGAUACAACGGUAAAGUGGGUUAUGUCCCCACCAUGUACCUGCAGCCCCACAACUACCCUCAUAUCCGCAUGCCAGCCCACCACCAAGAUCGGCCCGCCUCCUCUUUGCACCUGACCCCCACCAUGACCCUUCGACAGUCCCACCAGCUUAGCCACUCUCAAGGAAACCUGCCGCAACUUCCGCCCAGCAGGUCUCCAUCGCCUCGCCUGCUCCAACCAGAGGCGAAGGAAAGGUCACGGUCCCUAAACAUCCUCUCGUCUGACCAAGCGCCUCCUCAGCAGCCACAGAUUUCCUAUGCUGUCAACACCGCCACCAGAUCCGCCAACGUAAAACACACACCUCCACCCACCAUUAUGGUGGAGAUGGAGAGAGCAGAGAGUGAGACUAGUUUUGACAGCAGCAGCAGUGAAUUCAGCUUCACCGACGACCUCAGCUCCUCCUCGGCGAGCUCGACCUUCAACCUGAGCCCGAGCACCAACGGCGAGCCCCUGCACCUCAGCCGCACGCCUCCACCCACUGCGAGCAACUACCUCAGCCCGACAAACGGCCCCAUGGGCAGAAUCAACCCCAGUGUUUCUGAUCCAAAUCUUUACAAGGGGGCCACAACACCAAAGAUUCCCCCCAGGCCGCAGCAACGGGAAAUCCUCAGCCGCUGCACCACCAUCACCCGCAAGAACGCGUCCAGAGGUGGUUCCUCACCUACACCACCCGGGAUACUGAGCCAGUGAUGUUUUUAGAUGAAUGUUUAAAUGAAAGAAUUGCAUUUAUUUCACUGCUGGUGAGGUGUGUUUGAUGAUUAGUCUAAAACACAGCACGACCUACGGAAGUCAUAGGUCAGGGAUAAACAUCCAUUAUCAUUCAGAGAGAGAGAGGGAAAGAGAAAGCUGUGAAACUGAGUCCAUGUCAAUAAUGAUUUAUGAGGAAAACUGUAAGAAAAAUAAAAUGUUAACUGAUUCAGCUUAAAAUUGAAAAACUCCACUGUUUGAUCAAAGACGUGGUAGUAAACACUCACCACUCGUCUCUUUACUGUUUUUGAAGGAUUUAUUUUCCAUACUGGAAACCUUGUGUUGUGCCUUAUAUGCAUUUUUUCUAUAGCAAGUGCACUUAUGUGUUAAUAUGAAGAACACGCAUGUGCAGGCUGUUCUCAAGAGUUUGAGUCUAAUUUAAAUAGAAUAUACACCCCAGUAUAGACCUUGUAAAAUUAAUAUUGGGUAUAUUAAUAAGUUACUGAAGAGCUGGGAAGAAAUAAAAGCAUUUGAUCAUG